AUGACUUCAAAUUUGUCUCCAAUGGCAGAUAUCGAAAAAUUAUUGUUGGAUUUAGAUGUUUCAACAUUCGACUAUGCUGUUGAAAAGAUGAUCACUACAGUUUUAGCAUCAAAAACAGAAAUUCUUCUGAAUAUUUUAGAGUUAAUGUCGAAUUUAUUAAAUAUACGAUUCAAAUCAUAUAAGUUAUACGCAGAAGCUUUUGCAUGCUUAUUAAAUUCGAUUCCAAAAGAAAAUAUUCCACAAAUACAUGAAAAAUUCAAAAACAUCCAACCAUUAUUUGCCGGCUUUCUUGUUUCUACAGGUGUUAUGCAAACUCCCUACAUUUUAAGCCAAAUUGGAAACACAAAAAUGCAACCCGCCUUAUUAGCUUGUUACGAUACGAUUAAAGAGCUUAGGCCUAAUGUACUCCAAGAAAUAGAUCCAAAGAUAUCGAAUCAAAUCAAAUCCGAUUGGAGUAAAUUUUAUGAUGUUUUCAUUAACGACGACAGCAAGCAAAUAUUCAGACUUACCGGCAAAUACCUUUUCCCAUUUGGCGACGAGCUAGUUGAAAACCAUCCAAUCUAUUUUGCUGCAAUUUUCGGUUGUCCUCAGAUUUUCACAAGUUUACUUAAGAAAGGAGUACAACUCAAUUCGCCGAUGUUCAAAACGAAAGUGUUUGAGUCAUUGGCGCAAGCAGCUGUUGUUGGUGGCUCUCAUCAGAUUUUGAAGCGUUUUGAUUCUCAGAAUAUAGAUUUAGUUGCUUACAAAGACACAGCAAUUAAAUAUAAGGUAUAUGAUUCGUUGUUGUUCAUAUAUCUUAAAGAAAAUCCAAAAUCAGAAUCUGAUCCAAAACUUAAUGAAACUAUCAAGAACAUGUUAAAGUAA